CCCUCACGUCUCCUGCCUGGGAGAAGCCUAUCAGUCGGACAAGUGCAAGAUCUGCAAGGCCUACCCAGGGGCCAGUGGUCUCCCGGGCCCCAGAAGCUUUCCCCUUGGCACCACUCCCACUCACCAGCUGCCCGCAAAAAAACAGGCUAAGGUCAAGUCUCCCCAACGGCCUGUCACGGACACUGCACCCCCAGCAUGGGACAGUGUGGAGCAUGGGCCUACGGCCGACAGACCCUCAGGUCAAGCUCAACCCUCAUGGGCCCCUGUCUUCCCCAGGGCUGCAGGUGGGGGAGGUCAUGUUGCCUUCUACGCCGGACACUUUUGAGGCCACUAGGGGUCUCAUUGAGAUGAUGGUGCCCAAGUCUCCAGUCUCGAGACCUCCACUACUUCGAGGUCCGGUACCAUCCAGAGGCAAACUGGCUAUGUUUGGGCUGCCUGGCACCCCUGCCCCACCCCCAAUCAGGAUCUCUGCACCGCUCUGAGUCCCGGCAUCACACUUAUGCCCUGCAUCGGUCUGACUCGCAGCACUGAUCUCGCAGCCCCGACCCCGCUUGAGGUGGUCAUCGGCUUACAGGUCGUGGUCCUGCUCGAGGUCCAGGUCCCACUCUGUGACCUCACGGCACCACUGGCAGCAUCGACCUCAGACUGCAUUUUCCAAUCGUUGCUCGGUGGACCGGCACCACUCUGUACAGUGGUACCACUCUGUGUCGCACACCGCACCCCAUUCUGGCACUGUCCCACCACACAGCACCGGUCCCCAUCACGGCACUGCUCCACACCAAGGCAAAGCUCCACAUCGCAGCACCGCUCAACCUCCUGGCACUGCUCCACAUCUUGCUGCUGUUCCCAGCGGCAGCUCCGGCUUGCAUCACGCCACCGGUCACCGUCUGAACCUUGCUAUCUUUCACAGCACCUAUCCCAGUUGUUGGAGGAGGAGGAGGCUUCCCUGGUGCAGUCUCGCACCGCUCCCCCUUGGCCGUCCUGCUCAAGGUUGCCCUCCUUCAGAUCGGGCAUCGGAAGCACCCAAAUCAGGGCUGGGAAGUCUUAGACAGGAUGCUUCAGCACCCCACUGGCAGCCCCAGUGGCAAAUCUGGACCCUGCAACGUGAUUAAGUCCCUUGGCAUGCAUACUCCGGCGACCCAAAGGAAGCCUUUCAAACCGCAGACCACCCAGCAGCGGUCUUUUCCCACUAGGCUCAGACAGAACUUCUUCUCCUGCAAGAGAAACAGAUAUAGUCAGCGUAGGCCAUCGUGCCCUCCUCCUGUGCAGAGCCAGGGACAGUCCAAACCCCUCUGGGCCCUUAGCGCUUUUUUAGGUGCGCACGAGGACAGAUUACUAGUCCACAAUCCAGCCAGUUAUCCUCCCUUCCUGAACCGUCUAUCCCGCUUCUACUGUGCAUGGUCCCUUAUUACGUCUGAUUGGUAGGUGCUUCGCAUGGUAGAGGCAGGAUAUUCUAUCCAUUUCUACUUCUUCAGACCCUCCCAUCCCCCUUGCCCCUCCCUCUUCAGGGACCCCUCACGAGCAACUUCUCAUCCAGGAGGUUCAGACCCACCUCGCUCUAGGAGCAGUGGAGGAGGUUCCCCAGGAGCUCAAAGGCAAGUGUUUCUACUCCUGUUACUUCCUCGUCCCCAAGGUAAAGGGGGACCUAAGGCCCAUUCUGGACCUGAGGGAAUUCAACAAGUUCAUCGUCAGCUUGAAGUUCUGCAUGGUCUCCCUGAGCACAAUCAUCCCUUACCUGGAUCCGGGAGACUGGUACGCCGCCCUCAAUAUGAAGGAUGCCUAUUUCCACAUAUCUAUCACCCAGUCUCACAGACAGUUCCUCCGCUUCGUGGUGAACAAGGUGCAUUAUCAGUUCAGACCUCCCGUUUGGACUGUGCACAGCUCCUCGCGUCUUCACCAAAUGCAUGGCGGUCGUUGCAGCCUUUCUUCGCUUCCAUCAUGUGCGUGUCUAUCCUUACCUGGACGAUUCUUCGAGGCCGCUCUUGCCAGCAGGUGGAAUCGCAGUUGCAAAUGGUCAAAGACAUUCAGGGUGAUCCGCCUUGCGUGCCAAGCAUUUCUGUCCUGCUUGCAGGGCCAUUGUGUAGCGGUACUGACAGACAAUACCACGGCCAUAUUUUAUGCCUCUGCUCUGUUGGGUAGCCCUUCUACUGUGGGAAUUCUGUCUAGCCUACUCCAUCCUUCUCCAGGCCUCAUACCUGCCGGGCGUUCAGAAUGUGCUGGCGGACAGAUUGAGCAGACAGUUCCUCAUGUACGAGUGGUCGAUUCAUCCGGACAUCGUCCACUCCAUCUUCCGCAGCUGGGGGUUUUCCCGAGUUGACCUGUUUGCCAUGCAGGCCAACAGAAAGUGUCCAACCUUCUGCUCCUUCAGGGGCCACAGCCCAGGCUCGAUCGCAGAUGCGUUCAUGAUUCUAUGGUCCAGUCAACUGCUGUAUGCAUUUCCACUCAUCUACAAAGUGCUCCUCAAGGUCCACAGGGACAAAGCGGAUGUCAUACUGGUGGCCCAGCUUGGCCUCACCAGCGCUGGUACCCCACCCUCAUGGGCCUGUCGGUCCAGUCACCGGUAUGUCUACCUCUCACUCCUGACCUCAUCUUGCAGAAUCACGGUCGUCUCUUUCACCCAGACCUUCAGUCGCUCCACCUCAUGGCCUGGAGGAUCCAUGGUUGAACCAGGCAGAGCUCAUCUGUUCGGACCGAGUGAGGCGGGUGCUUCUGGAGAGCCACAAGCAGUCUACCAGGGCCACAUACAGAGCAAAAUGGAAAAGGUUCUCUAUCUGGGGUGCUCAAAGGCUGGUGCUCCUACUGCAGGCUUCAAUCCCUUAUUUUCUGGAUUAUCUCCUGUACUUGAAGGACCAGCGUCUGGCAUUCGGAUCUCUCAAGGUCCACCUCGCGGCCAUCUCGGUGUUUCUGGGAGCUUGGUGUUUGCGCACCCCAUCGUGGGACAUUUCCUAAAAGGCUUGGAGAAGAUUAAUCCCCCAAUGAAGCCCCCUGUUGUGGCCUGGGACCUCAACCUAGUACUUUCCCAUCUCAUGGGUCCUCUCUUCGAGCCUCUGGCUUCCUGUUCGCUCCUCCUACCUCUCUUGGAAGGUUGCUUUUCUAGUGGCUAUCACCUCGGCAUGAUGUGUGUCUGAACUGCGGGCCCUCACGUCUGAGCUUCUGUACACUAUCUUUCAUAAAGACAAGGUGCAACUUAGGCCUCACCCGGCCUUCCUUCCUAAAAUGGUGUCCCACUUCCAUGUUAGCUAGGACAUUUUUCUGCCAAUUUUCUACCCAAAACCGCAUGCCAGCCCCUGAACAGCAGCUGCAUUCGCUGGACAUCAGGAGGGCGCUCGCUUUCUAUAUUGACCUCAUGAAGCCGUUCUGCAAGACAACCUAGUUGUUUGUUGCCUUGGCAACGCGAAUGAGAGGUUUGCCAGUCUCUUCCCACCGGAUCUCCUCCUGGAUUACAGCAUGUAUCUGCGCUUGUUAUGACUUUGGUGAAGGUUCUUCCUCCUGCUAUCACGGCUCACUCCACAAGGGCCUUGUCAACAGCCUUCCUGGCCCACAUACCUCUUCAGGAAAUCUGCAGGGCUGCCACGUGGUCUUCAGUGCAUACUUUCACAUUGCACUAUGCCAUCGUCCACCAAUCUCGGGAUGAUGCGGCCUUCGGCAGAGCGAUACUUUAGUCUGCAAUGCCUUGACUCUGACCCCAUCUCUGAGGUAAGGCUUGGAAGUCACCUAACUAAAAGCACACGAAGAAGAAAAAAUGGUUACUCGCCCUUUCUGUAACUGUUGUUCUUAGAGAUGCAUUGCCUAUAUCUAGUCCUUUCCCUCCCACCUUCCCCUCUGUCGGAGUUGCCGGCAAGAAGGAACUGAAGGGGGGUUGGGCCAGCAGGGUUCUAUAUAGAGUACCAUAUCGGCGCCACUCUAGGGGGCUCCACAGCCAGCCUGACGGGUAGCUACUAGGGAAAAGUUUCUGACAGCCAUGCACAUGGUGUGCGCGCACAGCUAACUAGAUAUGAGCAACACAUCUUGAAGGACAACAGUUACAAAAAGGGUGAGUAACCAUUUUUUCCUUCUGGCCUUAAAAUUUAUGAACCUUGGUGAAAUAUAGCUGCUGCCUGGCAGUAACAAAGAGAGUGGUAUAACUGCUCUUCAUUGUUACCAUGAGAACGAUGUCAGAACCGAAGUCUUAAUUGGUAAUUUGUUGAGGAACCCCUUUCUUGUUUUAAGCUCUGAUGUGGAGUCCCCUAAUGCAGCAUUUCCCUCUUCUCCACACACUUCUGUAUUUUUAUUUCUUCU